AGUUUGAUCAUUAUUGUUUUAGUAGGCGUUAUAUUGGCAAUCAUUGUAGAAUAGAAACCAUGCGUGGAAAUAUGGAAAUGGACCUUACCUCGCCAUGCCGUCCCACAAUCGCGGAGUGACAUGAUACUCACUUUCGGUGUUAAAAGUCAGAUAUUCUGAGACGCCAUAAAUCCAUCGCAUUUUAAAGUGAUAAUCAUUAAGUUGUCGUUACUCAAUAAAAUGAACACAGACAAGUAUAUCUUUAUAAGCAAUAAAAAUUCACAGUGAACUCGUAAAAUGGAGAAGAAAAGAUAUUUUCUUAGUAAAAAGUUAUUAUGGGUAUUCGUGAUGAUUGAGAUUGCAAUGUUAUCGUCGGCGACUAAUUCGACUACGACAGAGACAUCACAGGUAUUCCAGGAGGCCGAGUUGGUGGCUCCAGAGGUGCCAGAUGAAGGCGAGGAGUACGCGUGGAGUGCUUGGGGCAGCUGGAGUGCUUGCUCCAGGACUUGUGGCGGUGGAGUCUCCGUGCAAGAGAGGCAAUGCUUACCUAGGAUAAGAAACACAGAAUCUGCAGAGAACAGCACCUACCCUCCCCCGGUGAUCACCGUAAGAGUGACGAGGGAGACACACGAGCCAAACUGUCAGGGCCUCGACAAGAGAUACCACGAGUGCAAUGAUAAACCGUGUCCCGGCGGAGCGGUAAGCAGUCGCGCUGCGCAGUGCGCGGCGUUUGACAGGAGACCGUUCCGGGGACGAUUCUACACCUGGGUACCUUAUAUUGAUGGCAAUGCACCAUGCACGCUGAACUGUCGUCCGAUGGGGCAGCAGUUCUACGCGUCCCUGUCUCUCGUAGCUGAUGGUACCCCGUGCACGAGGCAAGGCUUCCGCGCUAUAUGUGUGCAAGGAACUUGCAAGCUUAUAAUGUCGCCAUCAUUAUGA